UCUGGGUUGUAGAAUAUUAUUUGAAUUUUCAGAGCUAAAAUGUCUCCGCUCCGCGUGGGACCUGUUAGCAUGGAGGUGGGAGAUAUGAAAGAUACCAUGUGUUCCUGUGCAGCUAAAAAGGAUGUAGCGUGUCAGUGCAAUGAAAGUAUUGUUGUUGAAGUAGUACAGAAAGAUAACAGUGCAAUGCAGAAAGACCUGUUGAAAGCUGGAGUUGAUGCAUACAUUAGAGCUAAUCAAGGAUUCAGCUUUCUUUUCCCAACUACAGAAUUCUCCGACCCGUACAUAAAGCAACAUGUUGAGAGUAUUCGAAUUUGCGUGGAGGAUGAGUCUCGCCUCAAGGAUUCUACUAAACUGAAUCUGCAGAAAGCUAAGCUAGAAUAUAGAAUCUUUAAGCUGAGUAAGGGUGGACCGGAUACUGAGGAAAUAAGUUGUGAAGAUGGUGGAAGUAGUAUUCCUGCUGCAUCCCAUUGGAUUCUUCCAUCAAAAGAUUUCCAGGGAAUGUGGGAAAGCCUGGUUUACGAUUCAAAUAUCAAGAAUGAUCUUCUCAGAUUUGUGGAAACAACGCUCAUUCUUGGGGAUAAGAAGGUAGAUCCUAAUGUGAUCAGCUGUAAUCGCGUGGUACUACUGCAUGGACCCCCUGGAACCGGUAAAACUAGUUUAUGUCAGGCCUUGGCACAGAAACUAUCUAUCAGGAUGGGAAACCGGUACUCCCACGGCCAACUGGUUGAAAUCAACUCCCACUCUCUCUUCUCCAAAUGGUUCUCGGAGUCGGGGAAAUUGGUUCAGAAAAUGUUUGCGGAAAUUAGGGACCUGAUCGAUGAUCCGAACGCAUUUGUGUGCGUCCUCAUUGACGAGGUUGAAUCCUUGACAGCUGCACGGAAGAACUCUGGUUCUGAACCAAGUGAUGCUAUUCGUGUAGUGAAUGCUCUGCUCACCCAGCUGGAUAGUAUCAAACAUUAUCCAAACCUUCUCAUACUCACAACAAGUAAUAUUACUGGAGCCAUUGAUCUUGCAUUCGUAGACAGAGCCGACAUCAAACAGUAUAUUGGACCUCCUAGUCAACCAGCAAUAUAUAAGAUCUACUACUCCUGUAUCCUUGAGUUGAUCAGGACCCGGAUAGUCCUGAUGUUGAAUCAAUGUAUUCUCCCUGUUCAAACAAUGGUUGCUCAACAUUGUAAGGAUGAAUCUAGUGCUUCUAUGAUACUCUGGAAUAUUGCCGGUCAGAGUACUGGUAUGUCAGGACGCACACUAAGGAAACUUCCUUUGGUGGCACUUGCAAUGUAUUGUGAUCUCCAAAGUUCCCUGGAUAUAAUUACCUUUCUGGAGGCUUUACAGAAGGCUUUAAACAAGCAGCUAGAGGAUAGAGAAGUUUUGUCGAAACAAUAGGCACUAGCGACUAUAUGAAGUAGUCUCUUUAGAGAAAGGCUUGUCGAAACAAUAGUCACCAUCGACUAUAAAAUAUCUGUGAAGUAGUCUCUUAAAGACUUCAUAUACUAGCUUCACUUUUUGUUUUUAACGAAUUUCGUAAAACUUUCUAUCCUAACUCGUAUUGAAACAAAUAUUUAUCAAUUGGAUAAGAGUUUAGAUUUUUUAAAUUUCAUAUGUCUAGGGGAGAUACAUUUGCGGUUGGAAAUUUUUUAAAUACCAAAAUUCAUCAUAUUCAAGUUAGUGUUUAAAUUUGUUUUACUGCAUUUUUUAGAUGCUUUGAACAAUGUACUUACUCUCCUUCUAAUAUUUCAAUUUAAUUGUUACCAGUUAUAUUAUGAUCCAGGCUUGUGAUAUCUAGUAAACAUACGCUUAAACAAAUAUCAAUACCUGUUGAAUUGUACCUGAAAUUCUUCUCUGUACUUGCAAGGCAACUACUUGAAAUUAAUAUUAAUAUUUUUCUUGAUCAGCUUGCUGCUCUAGUACUUCCGGUGAAUAAGUUCCUAAAAAGUAAUCCCAUCCCCCCACCCCCACCCACUUCUUAAAACUAAAACCCCCUAUUAAAACAUUAAUAACAAAACUUUUGGUGUUCUUCCUCACAUACUAAACAUGCAAUUUAUAGCCAUAGACAUUAGACAUAGACAUAAUUACUUGAAUAAAACAUGUAAAAUGAAUAGAAAUAAUUAAAGCAUUAUUAAUCGCUGUUUUUUGUUAUUGACUGGAUUUAACUGUAAAGUAUUGCAUUGUUUUGAACAUUUUUUAAAUAAAUCUAGUGUAUUUUUUUUUA